AUGUCCAAACCCUCAAACAACAACGGAGGCGCAAGCGGCCCCAACGGCAACGGCAACGGCAACGGCAACGGCAACGGCAAACCCCCCGUGGCCCCGGACCUCAACCAAGUCCUCAAUUCCGUCUCCCUCUCCAUGUCCAAGCACCGCGGGUUGUUGGCUUCUCUUUCCAAGCAUCAUCGCCCGACUUCGGAGAGCAGCAGUAGCAAGCCCGCCACCACCACCAAGUCCGGGGGAUUUUCAACCCUUUUACAACAACAGAAAUCUGGAUCAACGAACCCCACCACGGAGAAGCAGGGACAAGAGGAAGGAGAGGAGGAGGAGAAAAGAAGGAUCCCAGACCACGAAGAGGAGAUCAGGUCGAUACUCAAUCAACCGCCCAAUGCUGGACUGGGUUGGGUGCCGCUGUCUAAAUCUGAUAACGGCACCAACGGUGGCCAAGGAGGGAUGGGGAGUAAAGAGGAGAGGGAGUUGAGGAGGAAGAUGGGGUUGAAGUGGCAGCCUGGACAACAGGGAAGGAGUGGGCAGCAGCAGGGGGUGGGCAGGGCGGGGGCUGUUAGGGGGAAGAAGAGGGGUGUUGUUUCUGCAGCGGAUUUGGAGGGGGGGAAGGGCCGGGAAGGCAGAGGUGCGGGGAGGGGGAGGCCCGGGGGCGAUGCGAAGGGGAGGGGAGCUGUACCUCUGCCUGGGUCGAUGCUUGGAGAGAGCAAGGCAGUGGUGGGGGAGAGCAAGGCAGUUGCGGGCGAUAUCAAGGUGGUGAAUGACGGACAGGUCCAGGAUAAGGACGAGAAAAAUCCUGCUGCUGCUGUUGCUGCUGCUACGGACAAAGCAACAGGAAAUGACCAGCAUAAACCAGACGCAAGCGCAGCAAGCGCAGAGCAGGAACCAAGUCUGACGACAGCCACGACUCCGCAAACAGAAGAUACGCCCAAGUCAGAAAGCGAACCUAGCACAGCUGCUGGGCAAUCUCAACAGCAGGCAAAGAAAAAGAAGGAAAACGAGAACAGGAAAAAGAAGAAGAACAAGAAGAAGAGGAGAAAGGCUGUGCAGGCCGAGGGCGGAGAGGGAGCGCCAGUUGAUGGGAAGGAGGCGGAGGAUGGCGUUGGUGAUGGUGAUGGUGAAGAGUCAGAAUAG